AUGGCACCACCUCGCCCCUCCAAAUCCAUGGUGAUAGGCACCAUCUUCGGCAACCGCGGCGGCCACGUCUGGUUCUGCGUCCAACACGACCGCCUCUCUACAAAACCCUCCCUCCUCCUCGAAUUCCCCAUCUCCACCAACGACCUCGUUCGCGAAAUGCGUAACGGCCUUCUCCGCAUCGCACUCGAAUGCAAUCCCCACCGUCCAGACCUCGCCAGGUGUCCCCUCCGCUCCGUUCCGGUCUGGACCGUGUUCUGCAAUGGCCGAAAAAGCGGGUUCGCGGCACGACGCCGCGCCGGGGAGCGCGUCCGGUGUGUUCUCAAGACCAUGCGGUGCGUAACUGUUGGGGCGGGCGUCAUACCAGCAGGAUUCGGGUCGGGUCAACAUUCGGGUAAAGUCUCGAGAUCCGAGGAGCUUAUGUAUAUGAGGGCGAACUUUGAGCACGUGGUUGGGAGCGCCGACUCCGAGUCGUUUCAUCUCAUUAACCCGGACGAGGGACCGGGUCAGGAACUCAGUGUGUUCUUGCUCCGAUCCGGACUCGGCGUGGAUCGUUGA